AUGGCUUCCUCGGACACCUGCUCGUCCGCACCCAACUCGCUCCCAUCGACUCCGCCCGCCCUGGCUUCCCCUCCGACGUCGCUCUUCCCCCCCGUCCCGCUCGGCAUCGCCUCCCUCUCGCUCGGAUCCUGCAAGUCGCACUCGCUCGCAAGCAAGAUCCGCGCCGCAGCCGAACAAGGGUUCGCCAACAUCGAGCUGUUCGACCUCGACUGGCAAGACUUCCGUGACCGUUUCGCGAGGGAGAACGGGUACGCCGUCCCGUGCAAGGAGGGCGACGAGGCGAGUCGCGCGGCGGCGAGGGAGGUCGUGCGACUGUGUAGGGACGCAGGGGUCGAGAUCAGUUGCUGGCAGCCUCUGCGGACAUUCGAGGGGUGGUUGGACGAGGAGGACGAGCGGGAAGCGAGGGAGUACGCCAGGGGGAUCCUCGACAUCCUCCCCUUGCUCGGCACCGACCUCGUCCUGUGCUGCUCGACAACUGCUCCCGCCUCACGCACGACUUCCUCCCUCGACAAAGCCGUCUCCGACCUCCGCUGGCUCGCCGACCUCGCAGCAUCCUACUCCCCUCCCAUCCGCAUCAUGUACGAAGGACUCUCGUUCGGCACACACCGGCGCUCGUGGCAAGACGUUUGGCAAGUCGUUGAGCGCGCCGAUAGGCCAAACCUCGGUAUCUGCCUCGACUCGUUCAACACCCUCGCGCUCGAGUGGGCUAGUCCGUACACACGCUCUGGACGGCUCAGCGACGACGUCGACGACAAGCUCGAGAAGAACAUGCGCGAACUCGUGAGGCGUGUACCGGGCGACAAGAUCUUCCUCUACCAAAUCGCCGACGCACGCCUCAUGUCCCCACCCCUCUCUCCCCCCUCCGACCCCUCCAUCCCCCCCAUCCGUCCCUGGUCGCGCUCCCACCGCCUCUUCCCCCUCGAACACUCUCUGGGCGCAUACCUCCCCGUCCAGCGCUUUUCGGACGCUGUACUCGCGACCGGGUACAAGGGGACGUGGAGUGCCGAGGUGUUCAACGAUAGUUUGAGCGCGAAGGGGGAGGAGGUACCGCGCGAACAUGCGAGGAGGGCUAUGAGGGGGUUGGAGAGGGCGGUCAAGGAGGCGUAUGAGCGCGCGGGCAAGAUUUGUCUCGCUUCGUCCUCUCCUCUCGAUGUCGAUGAGAGCGCGAGGGGAGCGAUUAACGACGUUUGCAAGUUUAGAAAGGUUGCGAGAGACUAG